AUGUUAAAAGUCUUAAUACUAACUAUCGCCUUUACAUCUGUUAUUUGCACAGGAAGUUACGAAGCAAUUGAUGUCGAUGAAUAUUUUUCAGAAUAAAGAAAUGAUGAAAUUUAUGCAGCAGCCAGAUUAAAGUUGGAUUAAACUAUUCCCUAGGAUUUUCAAUUUUUAAAGGUUGAAUCUAUAGAGAGAUAAAUUGUUGCCGGGUUCAAUUAUAAAUUCUUUGUCACCUUCAAAAAUGAAUAAAGCAUACAUUUAUAUGUCGUUCGUAUCUAUUAAGACUUGUAAAACAAUCUUUAGGUUUAUGAACCAGAACUUAUUAACCAGAAAGAGUAUCUUUGA